AUGGCCGGUUCGGACUCUGUUCUUUUGCAAGUGGUAGACUACGGUAAGCUGGCGUUGAGCUCGUUUUUGGCUCUGUCGCUGGCCAAGCAGCUGUCCAUUAUAGUCAUACUCCCAUUUCUGUACUCUAUAACAUGGCAACUCGUCUACUCUAUGCGGAAAGAUAGACCUCCUCUAGUCCGCUACUCCAUCCCAUGGAUCGGGUCUGCCGUCCAGUACGGUUCUGCCCCAUACGAGUUCUUCGAAGAAUGUAACAAGAAGUACGGUAACAUCUUUUCCUUCGUUCUGUUGGGGAAAACCAUGACCGUGUACUUGGGUCCAAAGGGCCACGAGUUUGUCUUCAACGCCAAACUUGCCGACGCCUCUGCUGAAGCCGCUUACGCUCAUUUGACCACGCCAGUGUUCGGGAAGGGUGUAAUCUACGAUGUGCCAAACUCAAGACUGAUGGACCAGAAGAAAUUCGUCAAGGGUGCCCUGACAAAGGACGCAUUCAGAACUUACGUGCCACUGUUUAUCGAGGAGACGGAAAAGUACCUGAGGGACUCCAAGAACUUCCAAAUCGACAAGAACGACAGCGGGAAGAUUAACGUCAUGGUCACUCAACCUGAAAUGACCAUCUUCACCGCCUCGAGAACUUUGUUGGGUAAAGAGAUGAGAGACAAGUUGAACAGUGACUUCGCCUAUUUGUACACCGACUUGGACAGAGGUUUCACCCCAAUGAACUUCGUCUUCCCAUACUUGCCAUCCGCCACCAACAAGAGAAGAGACCACGCGCAAAAGACCAUCAGUGACACUUACUUGUCCCUGAUCCAGAAGAGACGUGCCAACAACGACAUCCAGAGCAGAGACUUGAUCGACGAAUUGAUGAAGAACUCCACGUACAAAGACGGUACUAAGAUGACUGACAGAGAAAUCUCCAACUUGUUGAUCGGUGUCCUGAUGGGUGGUCAACAUACCUCCGCUGCUACCUCCGCUUGGGCCCUACUACACUUGGCUGAAAGACCAGACGUCCAAGAAGAACUGUACCAGGAACAGAUGCGUGUUUUGGACAACGGUAAGAAAGAGUUGACUUACGACAUACUUGACGAGCAAAUGCCUCUAAUGAACCAGAUGUUGAAGGAAGUCUUGAGAUUGCACCACCCAUUGCACUCUCUUUUCCGUAAAGUCAUGAGAGACGUCCCAGUGCCAAACACCUCCUACGUCGUCCCAGAGGGACACCACGUCCUUGUCUCCCCAGGUUACACCCAUUUGCAAGAAAAGUACUUCCCCAACCCUCACUCGUUCAACAUCCACAGAUGGGACAACGACUCCGCCUCCUCGUACUCCGUCGGUGAAGAGAUCGACUACGGGUUCGGUAGCAUUUCCAAGGGUGUCUCCUCCCCAUAUUUGCCCUUCGGUGGUGGUAGACACAGAUGCAUCGGUGAACACUACGCCAUGGCCCAACUGGGCACGAUCAUGUCCGUCUUCAUCAGAAAGUUCCAAUGGACCUUCCCUGACGACGCCACCUCCAGAAAGUCAGUCCCACCUCCAGAUUUCACCUCCAUGGUCACUCUGCCAACUGGGCCAGCUUACAUCUCCUGGAAGAAGAGAACGAACUGA